AUGCUGAAGCUUAUGGUCCUCACUGCUCUUGCCGUAGUCGUCGGCAGUCCAGUUGCUGGUGCCCUCAUGGCACCUCAAAUUUCUGAGCGGCAAAACCCAGCAUGCGAAAAUACGGCGACAUCUCGAGCUUGCUGGGGUGACUUCAGCAUCGACACUGAUUAUUAUGAUAAUACACCAAAGACUGGCCAAAUAAGAGAAUACUGGCUGAGUACUGAGAUGCGUGCCCUUGCACCCGAUGGCUAUGAAAGAGAAGUGAUGGUCUUUAAUGGAACGCUCCCGGGCCCUACUAUCGAAGCGGACUGGGGCGACGAGCUCAUUAUUCAUGUGACGAAUAACAUUCCCAACAACGGAGCGACGCAGUAUGGUACCUCUUGGUAUCAUUCCCAUUUCAGUCUACAGCUCGCAGAAGGUCUUUUUGGACCGAUCGUGAUACACGGACCGACUACAGCAAACUAUGACGUUGACCUCGGCCCGGUGCUCAUUGGAGACUGGUCACACGUCAGUGCAUUCCAGAUUUGGGAAGAGACCCAACGCGUUCUGGCAUUGAAGCAGCCUGUUGCAGAGAAUGGCCUCAUCAACGGCCUCAAUCCGUACGACUGUACUAGAUCGAGAGAUCCGGCUUGCAUAGGCACGACUGAUCGAUUUGAGGUUGCCUUUGAGAAGGGGAAGAAGUACCUCCUGCGCGUCGUUGGUGUGCAAGUGGAUGGAUAUAUGAAGUUCACAAUUGACGGGCACAGACUGACUGUCAUAGCUACCGAUUUUGUCCCCAUCCAGCCUUAUGAAACGGAUAGCAUUAUUCUGGCGAGCGGGCAGCGAUACGAUGUCAUUGUUGAAGCCGACCAAAAAGUCGAUUCAUACUGGCUGCGAGCUAUCUACCAGACAGCUUGCAAUAAUAAUGACAACGAAAGUAAAGACAAUAUCUUGGGAGUCGUCCGGUAUGAAGGCACUGACGUCAAUGCCGACCCAUCAACGAGGGCGCACCGGACCAUUACGAACUCGUGCGGCGAUGAACCGUAUGAGAACCUCGUUCCAUGGGUUUCGCACCAGGUCGGGGCCAGCGAUAUAGAGGACUAUCUCAUUCUUAGUUGGUACUACCAAUUGGACCUGGUAUUUCACUGGACGCUACGCACCAAAACCUUGAUCGUUGACUGGGCAAAACCCACGGUAAUAGAUAUUUACAAUGGCGUCACCAAGUAUCCAACAGAGGGUAAUGUUGUGACGAUCGAUGCAGAGGACCAGUGGGUGUACUGGGUGGUUCAGGACUUGACAUUGGUUGACGCUUUUCAUCCAUUCCACCUCCACGGCCACGACUUUUAUGUUUUGGCACAGGGCGAGGGUCCAUUCAUACCAGGGCUCGUGAAACUGAACAGAAACAACCCACCAAGGAGGGACACCGUGUCGCUUUAUGGAAAUGGCUAUGCGGUUAUAGCCUUCAAGACCGACAAUCCAGGGUCGUGGCUGUUUCACUGUCACAUUGCAUGGCAUGCAAGCCAAGGGCUAGCAAUGCAGCUGAUUGAGAGACCGGGCGACCUAUCCACGCUGAUGGAAGGCGAGGUGGACGGCUUGAACAAAACCUGCAACGCAUGGGUCCCAUUCUACAACUCGCCAGCUCAGGCCGACGAUGAGCAGGACGACUCCGGUAUAUGA